UAGUUUUUCUAUUUUCAAUUGCUAAAACGGCCGGUAAAUUCUCAUGAUGAUUAGGUUGAUACAGUCGUUCCUUUUCGCACUGUCUCUCGUGUCGGAGAUGACACACGGUGGAAGAGUAAGAAGACAACCCGCCCUCAGACAGGGAUGUUCAGAAUUAGGCAAUUGUAUAAAAGUUGGGGAAUUCCUGGGGAAGGUCGCAUAUCAAUGUGGAACAAAAUACUGUCUAGUUUUACCAUCUUUCGCGACAACAACUACAACGACGACCUCCACUACCACAACGCCAUCGCCAACAACAACAAUUACAACAACAACAACAACGCCAACUACAACAACGCCAACUACAACAACUACGAUGGAAACACCAUCAGAUGAAAAAUUUGAAGAUGAAAACUGGAUGGAUGUGCCUGACCCAUGCGUAGUGAACUACUACGACCGUGUUAUACAGGAUAUCAAAAGCACAAGAUUAUGCAAGAAACUAUGUAUAAAGGAGACCAGAUUUGAAUGCCGGUCCAUUGAAUACAAUGCUGAGGUUAAAGUGUGUCAUCUUUCAAAACAAAAUUCAUGGGAGAAGCCCAUAAGUGACCCUUGUAAUCAUGGCAAGGAGUGGAUAUUUGCAGAUAGAGCUAUAACAGAUCCUGAACCCAUUAAGGUGUGUGCAGACAUUGUAUUUGUUCUUGACUUUUCCUGCUCCGUUCCAAGAAAGGAUAGAUUAAAGGGUAUUCAGUUAAUAGACCAAUUGGAAAAACGACUCAUUCUUAAUACGACUGGCGGUGCAUGGUUUGGAGUGGUACCAUUUAGUAAGAAAGUCAUCAGGGAACAAGUUUGGAGAUUUCCCCCGGCAAAUAAAAAAGAUCAAAGCCUUCACAGUUUUAUAGAUUUGUAUGAUAUCAGUCAGCCUUGUAGAACUAGAAUACGAUUUGCAUUUCAAUUUGCAAAUGAAAGUUUCUUCAAGGAACCAAAUGAUCGAAACGACGAUGAAUACAAAGAUCUUAUAAUCGUCGUUGGCGACGGGAGAACAUCACCGCGCCCGCCCAUCGAGAAAAAACUAUCGAUAGAUUAUGCCAAUGCCUUGACAAGGGAGCAAGGGAUUCAAAUUGCUUGGGUCAAGACAAAUACCGUUCUUGUCAAUAGGAAAAAAAUAUUUGGUUUAGAGACAGCUAUUGCUUUAGGAGACACUGAGAUUGCAGAUAUAGUUCCGAAUCCUGCUUUAAGGUUCUCUUUGGACCAAGAAAGGGAAAGGCUUAAUAAUAACGACGCAGUCGAAGGAAUCUUAGAGUAUAUACGAGAUAAUUUUAAUUGUAACCAAUAA